UGUUUAUGUUUGACCUCUUCAUAUUAUGAUUCAUUGAUAUUGUGCAGCAUUUUCUUGUGGAUCGAGGCAAUUCUGCUUUAAUUGACCUUUCAAGCAGACGCAGGGGACACGUGUUAUAGACCUUCUAUUUCUGGGAGCAGUUAAUUGGUCAACAGGUCAAGAUGGUGGGGGUGGUUGCAGUGAGUAGAGAGCAAUACAACCCCUGGGAGAGGAGGGCAACCCUGGGGCCACGCCAGGUACGCCAGCUGGUGGAGGAAGGGGUCAAGGUCAUCGUGCAACCAUCAAAAAGGCGAGGAUAUACUGUGAAGGAGUACCAGGAAGCAGGUGCUACCAUCCAGGAAGACAUGAGUGAGGCUUCUAUUAUCACCAGUAUCAAGGACAUGAGCAUAGAGUCCCUGAUACCAAACAAAACCUACACCUUCUUCUCUCAUACCAUCAAGGCACAGCCACAUAGCAUGCCUUUGCUGGAUGCCAUACUAGAAAAGAACAUUCGUCUUGUGGACUAUGAGAAGCUGACCAGUGGCCCCGGGAUCUGGCCAGCGUCAGCCAUGAGCAGGUUCGCGGGUAUAGUGGGAGUGCUGAACAUAUUGCAUGGUAUAGGGCUGAGACUUAUGGCCUUUGGCUUCAACACACCCUUUGCUCACAUUGCUAUGGCCCACAACUAUGUGUCCUAUGAGGCAGCAUGUCAAGCUGUACGUGACGUAGGCAGGCGUAUUGCGGAGGGCGAGAUGUGUGUGGGACCAUUGACAUUUGUCUUUACAGGUGCAGGAGGAGUGUCCAGGGGUGCCCAGGAGAUGUUCAAGCACCUGCCCCAUGAGUUUGUAACUCCAGACAAACUGCCAGAGGUGGCACAACAUGGAGAGAAGACCAAACUCUAUGCCACAAUUGUGGACAUAGCAGACGACUUGAGUAGAAUCAGUGAUGGAGGAUUUGAUGAAAAGGAAUACAACCAACAUCCGGAGCUUUACCAGAGCAACUUUGCCAAGAAAGUGGCUCCCUAUGCCUCUUGUAUAGUAAAUGGCGUGUACUGGCAGCCAGGACAGCCCAGACUCCUCACUGAUGCAGACGCUAAGACUCUCUUGGCACAUGACCCCAAUGCUCCACAAGAUCUGACUGACAUAGGAGAGGACCCAAUUCUUCCACGUCAGCUUCUAGCAAUUUGUGACAUCUCAGCAGACGAGGACGGAUCCAUACAGUGGACCAAGUACUGCACCACGGCAGACGAACCUUUCUGUAUCUAUAACCAAGAUGGCCAGAUAAUCAAGAGUGGCAUGACAGCUGACGGAGUACUGAUGUGUUCUGUUGACAACAUGCCAGCUCAGUUCCCAAAAGACGCCACCGACUACUUCGGCGAACUCUAUCUGCCGUAUCUUAAAGAACUUUUGAAAACGGAUGCCAACUCUACUUUUGAAGAGUAUCAGAAGGCUGUUUGCCCAGCACUGGAAAAUGCUGUAAUAGCUACCAAUGGCAAGUUAGCUCCUAAAUACCAGUACAUAGCAGAUCUUAGGGCUAAAUCAACCAGCCAGAACCACUAGACAAUACCAGUGUAUCCGGUCAAUAUUUAUAUAAUACCAGGAGUGCAUACUUUUCUUCUCCCCAGGCCACGCAAUGUUUUCUAUAUAUAAGAACGUAUUCGUCUGGGAUAAAUGCUACAUUUUAUAGAACAUAUUCAGAAAACUUUGUAAAUCAGUUGGACAUUCGGACUGACAGUUAUGGAAAAUUUGCUAGACUGAAGGGUUAUAGUGGCUUGAAUAGACCAUUAUAGGGCCUACCAUCUGAACAAUGAAAGCUGCAUUUCUCAUAAAAUAUUUGGAGUUACACAUGUGUAGGUCUAAAAUAUUGAAGAACUAUUAAUUAUCAGAAAAAAAACGAUUUUCUGAAUUACAAGAGCGCGGCAGAUUUUCGAAAAAUCUUCUGUUUGAUAUCGGAUGUAAUGAUCGACGGUCAUGGCCAUGUCAUGACAUCGGCAUAAAAUAAGUGGUUUACUUUUCUUUCUGUAACUUAAGAAUAGACCCAUACCUGUUGUGUGAGAAAGAGGAUUGAUUGAUGGGUAUACCCCGGCUGAUAAAUGGCAUCCAAAACCGACAAUAUAUGCGACAAAUGUAAUGUUAUUGGACUAUAGCGGGAUGCAAGUCAUUUUAAUCAGUGCUCAAGGACAUGCAUUCAGACUUUAACAAACUGACCAAUGCCCAUUGCUGAGAAAACAUGGGUAUUUAAUAUUCUUUUUAUUAUUUUUUUAGAAUAACCCAUUGGCAUACCCGGUAGACCUAUAUUUAUAUCAGCAAGCACACAGGUCUAUUGAAAGCAAAGGAAUUAAGUUUAGUCAAAAAUGAAAGAUAGUGUUCAUUUAAGAACUAUAUAAUUUGUUUAUCAAAUACU